UGGUAUUUAUUCGUUGGCUUAUUUAUUUAUUUUGAGCCCUCGUUCGUGUGUGCAUCGAAAAUUGUUAACAAAAGUCUGGUGUUCAGCUGGCAGACUCUUCGGAACCGAAAUGUCGAAGAAAAAUUUCAAAAUAUUUAGAACAGAUCUGAGCUGACCGAAAAGAGCAAGAUCCGGGAACAGUUGGUUCGGCAGCUUACAGUGCUGUGCACGGUACCCGAAGGCCAACAUUGAGUCUCAAGUUUUCGAACUGACGGCAAUGGAAGAGGUCAUUAUUUUUGUCUCCGAGGCAGUAAUCGUUGACUCGCCGGAUUAUCUUUAGUUGGAGUGAAAGUUGCGCUUUGAGUGUUAGGAAAAUUAAACAGCAGGAUGGUUCCAAUUUGGCCAUGUCCGUACUCGAGAGGCGUGCAUGAUGGAACUAUUCCACGCAUCGUAAGAUUGGUCAUCAUUCGGCUAAGUAAAAAGGAUUCGCGUUACCAUCAGUGAUGGAUUCGGUGGCCGAUCAGAAAUUUCGAAAGCGUGGCGUAAUGAGCUUGUUGAAAAAAUGCAUGGAUAUUUGAUGAGGCGAACCCGGACUAAGAGACUAAGAUCUGAAUUUUUUUUUAAGAUAAUCCGGGCAUCGUCACCCAGUGCAAACUUCGACGGACGGUCAUCGAACAAUUAAGCAAAAAUAAGUAGUUCUGUUGCUUCCAUUUUUUUCCUUAUUACAUUAAUUUGUUGUUGUUUUUCAGGAAAGAUGGGCUUAACGGAUCUCUGGUGUCAUGUGAACCCGAAAUCGUACUGUGCCUGACACCAGUGGUGUUGGGUUUCGGAAACUUCGGAACCAAACUGGAAAUGAGGAGGCGAUUUCUGACUAGCCAUGUUACGUUUGAAUUUAUUCGAUAAUUUUCAAAGUUAAUUUGAUAUGAUAUAAGCAGUAUGGCAACACUUUUUCCCUAAAAAUACUCACCCUGGAAUUAAAAAUGUUUGAACGUGCAACUGAAACAGGAAAAAACCCGAUCUGGAAAAUUUUAAAAGAAAAUCGACAAAUCAGAUGGAAAUUGGUCCAAAUUCAGACGAAAUUCGCUUGCGAAUUCCCCACUGGGAACUCCGAUGUUUUUUUUCUCAAAAGUUGGCUACGUUGCAAAGUCGUCUGUCAAAAUCCCGUCAAGAAAAAACUCAUUCUUUCGGAAGUUCCGGUGCUGAGGCGGUGAAAGCGCGACGGCGAACUGCGGACAGAGCCACCGAAUCGCAGUCUAACUCCCGGGUGGGAGAGAAUCCCUCGAGCAACCAGUCGGCGAAGGAGGAAUCCUGACCACAACGUCCGGCCGCACAAGUUGCAGCAAACCGGCUGUGGUUUCUGGGAACCGAAGAGAAAACGGCAGAAUUCUAAGAAGAGCAACCGGAAGAGGGGUCUAAAUCGACCCCUUUUUUGAUUACCCCCUCACCACAUUUCACGUGAGCUCGAAUUUCGCACCGGCACAACCAGCGCCGUCACAGUGGCAUUUCGCAUCGAGCAGCAGCUGCGGCCAUACCGUUGGAUCCAGGACACGUCACUAGCAUCGACAGCAGGCGCGGGAUUAAACGCGCAUCGUGCACGACCGCAUUCGCAGGUUAAGCUAGCGUGGGCAAUGAACCGAUACUAUGGAACUCCAAACGGAUGGUUGCACAGGCGGAAGCAUUCGUCUGGCCAGUCGACAAGAAAGCUCCGAACAGGAAGAUGCAGAUGCACGAUUCCGGAUCCGCAUGCGACGUGGCAACUCCGGAUCAAGUGCCAGUUUGCCCGUGACGUCACCGAAAGAAACGGCUGCGACCAAGGUGCAUCGCAAUCUUUCGUGGACCAUAGGGAGAGUGUGUCGUUUUGUUGUGAACGCCCCAGAGGCCUUGAAAAACGUGAGUACUCACAAGCAUAAUGAGAAAUGGGAAAGGUUGCACAAUAUAAACAAAAUUUAAAAUGAAUUAUCUUUUUUAAUUGGGCUACCAAAAGCCGAGAAUCCUUUUGUCACAAUGGCGCCCAACUAAAUCGAACCAUUCUGCUUAUUUGUUCGAUAAAUUUUAAGGACUUUUUCAAUUGUCCAGAUAUAAUAAUUAUUUAUUAUGAUUCAUUAAUUGUAUGUAAUCAUUUUAUUAUCGCUUUUUCAUAAAUAUCAUAUCAUUUGGCUGCUUUGCUUUUAGUAUCGUUUUGUUCGUUCGAUACUAGUGAUCUAAAUACUGGUUUGGGAUCCGAAUUAUAAGAAAUAAAGUUAUGUCAACAAACACAUCAUGAAUACCAUAAGCAUCGAACAUCGUAUAUUCAGCUAUGUCCACUACCUACGAUAGUCAACAAGGUCGUCUCCGGCAAAAAACACGCAAAGCGUUAUCACCACAAUACACUGCGGGGCGAAGCGACUCCUGCAGAGCCGUCCAGGGGAUAUUCGUUAGCCUUAGCAGUUCACAUUCGAAUCAAGACCGAACUCAAAAUGAUAUUUGACAACUUAACCGAUUUUGACUUACCCGAUCAUGUCUACCGAUUUCGACACCACCGAUCUUGAAAAACCCGAUUGCGACAACACCGAUUUUGACGACACUGAUGUUGACUUCUACCGAUUUUGACCACAACCGAUUACGUUUACGGAUCAUGCACAAUUGUAAGGGGAUUACCAAGAAAAAUCAAAAGGAACGCGAUCUGGAGGCGCGGUAAAACCUCUAUACCGGGCUCUUGGUAGUUUGGAGGACUAAAUCCCUCUUUACCCUGAUCUUCUGUGUCAAACUCCAAACCAGAUAAAUAAAAUUACUAAAAUAAAAAUUUUAAUUGUUCAGCUUUGUAAGAUCCUUUCAUUAUUUAUUGAAUGCUAACAGAUCUUGAUUUUCGUUUGCUGCUUUUAAAAUAUUUGUGAAUUUCAGGAUUCGAAGGAGUUUCUUUCUGCCAUUUAUGAUGGUGAAGAUCGACACUUUUGCCAAGAUUCGUUGGCGUAUAGUUAUGUUUUUAAGUUUAAGGUCUUCGUACGGAUUUUGCCAAGACUCGUUGGCGUUGAGAUCUAGAUUAUCAUUAUGAUUAUUUUGUGAUUAAUUUUAGAGAUAUACACCUGUGUACUAGGUGUUAAGCUUCCGUUCACACGGAAUGUAGUCGAUCAUCUUCUCCUUCGAACUCCUUGUGGCGUUUUAUGAAUUUUUCAUGGAUCCUUAUUCAUGAUCCAUGAAAAAUUCUACCAAAGCAGCAAUGUUGUGUUACGUUUGAAUUUAUUCGAUAAUUUUCAAAGUUAAUUUGAUAUGAUAUAAGCAGUAUGGCAACACUUUUUCCCUAAAAAUACUCACCCUGGAAUUAAAAAUGUUUGAACGUGCAACUGAAACAGGAAAAAACCCGAUCUGGAAAAUUUUAAAAGAAAAUCGACAAAUCAGAUGGAAAUUGGUCCAAAUUCAGACGAAAUUCGCUUGCGAAUUCCCCACUGGGAACUCCGAUGUUUUUUUUCUCAAAAGUUGGCUACGUUGCAAAGUCGUCUGUCAAAAUCCCGUCAAGAAAAAACUCAUUCUUUCGGAAGUUCCGGUGCUGAGGCGGUGAAAGCGCGACGGCGAACUGCGGACAGAGCCACCGAAUCGCAGUCUAACUCCCGGGUGGGAGAGAAUCCCUCGAGCAACCAGUCGGCGAAGGAGGAAUCCUGACCACAACGUCCGGCCGCACAAGUUGCAGCAAACCGGCUGUGGUUUCUGGGAACCGAAGAGAAAACGGCAGAAUUCUAAGAAGAGCAACCGGAAGAGGGGUCUAAAUCGACCCCUUUUUUGAUUACCCCCUCACCACAUUUCACGUGAGCUCGAAUUUCGCACCGGCACAACCAGCGCCGUCACAGUGGCAUUUCGCAUCGAGCAGCAGCUGCGGCCAUACCGUUGGAUCCAGGACACGUCACUAGCAUCGACAGCAGGCGCGGGAUUAAACGCGCAUCGUGCACGACCGCAUUCGCAGGUUAAGCUAGCGUGGGCAAUGAACCGAUACUAUGGAACUCCAAACGGAUGGUUGCACAGGCGGAAGCAUUCGUCUGGCCAGUCGACAAGAAAGCUCCGAACAGGAAGAUGCAGAUGCACGAUUCCGGAUCCGCAUGCGACGUGGCAACUCCGGAUCAAGUGCCAGUUUGCCCGUGACGUCACCGAAAGAAACGGCUGCGACCAAGGUGCAUCGCAAUCUUUCGUGGACCAUAGGGAGAGUGUGUCGUUUUGUUGUGAACGCCCCAGAGGCCUUGAAAAACUCAUUCAGCCCAUUGAGCUCGCAUGCAGUCGUCUUUUAAAAUCUGUCGAGCAAGUACAGUUAGAUUCGAAAUCAAAUUUUGAUUUGUUGCAUCAGAUCAAAGACAUAGGUAUGGUACAAUCUGGAGAGGUCGCAAAAAUAGCCGGGGCCGUAGUUUUACCCCAAAUUGGUGGUUGGAUCAACGGAUACCUAACUCGGCAACACAUCAAAACUUGGUAUCAAACGCUCAACUUUCCAUCUUACCGGCCACCAAACUGGAUCUUUGGUCCGGUCUGGACAUCGCUGUACGCUGGGAUGGGUUACGCAUCCUACUUGGUUUGGCGCGAUGGAGGUGGCUUUUCGGGCCUGGCUCAGGGUCCUCUGGCACUUUACGGGACGCAAUUGGCACUUAACUGGGCCUGGACUCCGAUUUUCUUCGGCAAACACAAUUUGAAAUGGAGUUUGAUCGAAAUAGUGGCCUUGACGGCUUCUGUCGCUGCCACCGGAAUUGCUUUCUACAAUAUCAAUAGAGUGGCCGGAUAUCUGUUCAUUCCAUACUUUGCUUGGUGCUCUUUUGCAACGUUGUUGAACUAUAAAAUCUACGAGCUGAAUCCAGAUAACAAGCCAUCGGCUUCUAUUGAAGAAAUCAAGGAGGACAAGCAAAAGUGAUUCAGCCUUCAUUAGCUAGCAUUACUGUGCAUUUAAGAUUUUAAGAACGUGGAAAACCUUUUGAGAUGAAUAUAACUUACUACCUAUUAUACUAACACAUAUUCAGUACAGCGAAUCCGAACUGUUAUCUGUUCAGUGAAAAAGAACUCUGAUAGCUUUUUAACCGUGGACCAAGCAAAUCUAAUUUCGUUAUUUAUACAUAUUUAUUCAUUUAUUUUCAGGUAAUAAAAAGAGAAAUAAAUGGUUUUUUUUUUUCAAUUUGUGACACUA